AACAUGCACCAUGAGCGAUACCGCGACAGCGGCUCCCGUGACCCGUCGCCGAGCCUCUCUAUAUACCAACCCGUAGGGAGAGCCGGAGAGGUAGCGGAACCAUUAGUUCCUACGCCGGCUAGCUAGCUAGCAACCGUGUACGUACGCAGCGUGGUGUCAUGGAGGAGGAGGCGCGGGCGCCGCUGCUGCAGCCGCGCGGCGAAGAGGCGGCGACGGCGAAGGGGCGAGCGAGGCGGGCGGCGGUGGAGUGGUGGGUGGAGUCGAAGAAGCUGUGGCGCAUCGUGGGGCCGGCCAUCUUCCAGCGGAUCGCGCUCUACGGGAUCAACGUUGUCUCGCAGGCCUUCAUCGGCCACCUCGGCGACCUCGAGCUCGCCGCCUUCUCCAUCGCCGCCACCGUCGUCUCCGGCUUCAACUUUGGAUUCCUGCUGGGCAUGGCGAGCGCGCUGGAGACGCUGUGUGGGCAGGCGUUCGGCGCCAAGAAACACCACAUGCUGGGUGUGUACCUGCAGCGCUCGUGGGUCGUCCUCCUCCUCUUCGCCACCGCGCUGACGCCGACGUACAUCUUCAUGGAGGACCUGCUGCUGCUGAUCGGUCAGUCCCCCGAGGUGUCGCGGCUCGCCGGCCAGAUGAGCAUCUGGCUGAUCCCGCAGCACUUCGCCAUGGCGAUGCUGCUCCCGCUCACCCGGUUCCUGCAGAGCCAGCUCAAGAACUGGGUGACCGCGGUCACCGCGGGCGUCGCGCUCGCCAUCCACGUCGUCGUCACGUACGUGCUCGUGCACUGUUUCCACCUCGGCUUUGUCGGGGCGGUCGCCGCCGCCGACUUGUCCUGGUGGCUCGUUGUGCUGGGCCAGUUCUUCUACGUCGUCGGCGGCGGGUGCCCGCUGUCGUGGAAGGGCUUUUCGAUGGAGGCGUUCGCCGACUUUUGGGAGUUCAUAAAGCUCUCCUCGGCUUCCGGAGUGAUGCUCUGCUUGGAGAAUUGGUACUACAGAGUGUUGGUGUUGCUGACAGGGUACCUGAAGAACGCUGAAAUCGCUGUGGAUGCACUCUCCAUAUGCCUGACGAUCAAUGGAUGGGAGAUGAUGAUUCCGUUCGGCUUCUUGGCUGCAACUGGCGUGCGGGUGGCGAAUGAGCUCGGCGCGGGGAGAGGCAAAGGCGCGCGCUUCGCCAUCGUCGUCUCGGUCACGACCUCCGUGGUGAUCGGCCUCGUCUUCUGGUGCCUGAUCCUCUACUUCAACGACCAGAUCGCGCUCCUCUUCACGUCGAGCAAGGUCGUGCUCGACGCCGUGCACACCCUGUCCGUGCUGCUCGCCUUCACCGUCCUCCUCAACAGCGUGCAGCCCGUCCUCUCAGGGGUGGCCGUUGGUUCUGGAUGGCAAGCGUUGGUUGCCUACGUGAACGUCGGAACCUACUACUUCAUCGGAGUUCCUUUGGGCGCCAUUCUCGGUUGGCCGCUGCAUUUCGGAGUUGGGGGGAUCUGGUCCGGGAUGAUUGGCGGGACCGCCGUCCAGACGCUGAUACUGGCCUACCUCACUGUCAGAUGCGAUUGGGACGAAGAGGCCAAGAAAGCCAGUACCAGAAUGCAAGUAUGGGCCAGCUCGAAAUGAAGCUGCUCGGCAAUACUGGUGCGGUUUCUUAGACACAGGGAACAUUUGAGCUCAGCUGAAUGAUGAUCACUUCGGGUCCGAAAAAGAAAAAUCAGAAUGAAAUGAGUACAACCAAACAAUCCGGAAGAAACAAUGCGUAUGCAUUAUCUAUGCUUGUAUAAAUACGUCCAUGAGCAGAUGAGCUCCAAGCCUCCAACUAAAGUUGGCGGUUGACGACCGGUUCCUGAAUAUACUCACCUAUCAGGACUCCACAGAGAACGGCAGUACCGUCAGAGGAGUCACAGGGGUGAUAAUAUCUGUGAUUCUUUUGUAGCUAUGUAACAUGCAUUUUGCAAUUUGCGUCAAGGUUUCAAGAUCCAAAUACUGAGUGCUAUUUAAGCAAAGUUUGCAGAACCGUCA